CCGCCGCCUCUGACCGCCGAGCGGGCGAGCGGCACCGGCCGCCCUCUCCCCGGCUCUGCCGGCGCCCGCUGGACCGGCGCUUCCCGAAAAUGUGCGGAGACACCAGCCGGGCUUUGCUGGCGACACAGAAAGCAGGUGGAAAUUAAAAGAAGGAAAUCAUUCCAGAGCGCUGGGACACAGCACAACAGCUAACCUGGCCUCCGAAUAUCUCAGAUGCCGGUGUGUCGGACACAGCCUGUUUUGUGUGGGAUUUCCUAUUUGCCCAUCACUUCAUCACAGCGACGGCAUGCCAGGAGGCAGACUACGGCUGGAUGAUCCGGCACCACUGCCUGAAGCAGUUCCAGCUCAGCAUGGAGGGCAUCGGGCAGCGGCUCUGGUGUGACUGGGAGGAGACCGUGGGCACCUACGGGGAGCUGACAAACUGCACGGCGCUGAUCGCCGAGAAGCUCGACUGCUACUGGCCUAACCGACUGGUGGAUGAGUUCUUCGUGGCCGUGCACAAGCAGUACUUCAGGAACUGCUCUCCCUCUGGCCGGGCGCUGCACGACCCCCCCAACAGCGUCCUCUGCCCCUUCAUCCUGCUGCCCGUCCUCGUCACCCUGCUGAUGACCGCGCUGGUGGUGUGGAGGAGCAAACGCAGCGAGGGCAUCGUGUAGGGACGCCCUGCCACCGGCACAGGGGAGGGACAGGGGGGAGCCCACCCUGCAACGUGCCUGUUUUUUUUUUAAGAAGACCCUGGCAGAGGCACAUCAUGGAGGGUACCAAGCCCCAGAGGCAAAGGCAGUAACGCCACCGCUCUUCCCUCACGGGUACCCUCCGCAGCGCACCUGUGCCGCUUGCCCGUCGGUUUCCAGAUAAAUACAUGAUUUAAGACACGGUUGUUUGGCGAUAUGGGAUGCCAGCGGCCUGUCACGGGCUGCCCCGGCGGCGGGGAGCUCUCUCAGGGUACUGGGGAGCACAGCUCACCCUGAGCACCAGCACCGCCACAGCUCUGCUCAGCCUUUCCCAGUUGCUUCCCUCCCAGCACCCUCCAGCAUCACGUGCCAAAAGAAGAUAAUUUUUAAAGAAAAAACAAACACCUACCCACCCACACCACCCCCC